AGCAUCUUCCAGUGCGGUGCAGCGACACAUCAGCCCACAGUGAGGAAUAGACCACAAUGUUCUGCAUAUCAAUGGUUUUACAAAGACAGACGAACGUCAAGAGGUGUUGACGGCAACACGGCUUAAAGAGAAGGAUUUGAGAAUAAAUAGCCUAAUAACCAAUCAAUCAAAGGAAAAUGCCUGGCUAACUUCCAUGGGUAAACGAUCAUUCGCAGUCAACCCAUGUUUUCUCGACACCUGACCGCGUUUGGCUCUCACUGGUUGCCCCCAACUCAAGCCCCGUUGGGCGGCUGGAGGAACGUACCAUACCCCAGUUACCCAUGUCGGCCGGGUGUGCCCCCUUCGCCUCAACUCUCCCACCCCACCAGGCACCUCUCAGGGGCCUUCCGACCGCAAGAUACCCACAACACCAAUUGGGCAAGACUACAGUCCAGACAACACCUCCCACCAGGGUUCCCUUUUCACGGUUUUCCUCAUCAACACUUCCACCUUGGACUGAUGGAGCGCUCAGACAAGGAGCCUCCAAACAAGCGGAGGAGGAGUUCAGAGGAGAGGGGUCCAGGGGAUAGGUCCAAGGGCUCCCCCAAACGAGAGUACGCACCACGACAGGCUCGUAGUGCCACAACCAGCCCCAACUACUGGUUCAAAGACGGGAAACCACCAGCGCCGCCUCCUGGGACAAGUCCACCAAGACAGACAUUGGAGCUGAAGAGACAAUGGGAGGACUUUUCCCACUGCUAUAAGUCCAGACCUCAGUCUGGUGGUGGGAGGCAAGAACCACCCGUUGACUUCUCUGUGAUGUCGUAUAACAUCCUCUCUCAGGACCUACUACAUGACAAUAACUACCUGUACAAACACUGUAGCUCCUCCAUCCUCAACUGGAACCACAGGCUCUCCAACAUCCUGAAAGAGCUCAAAGAGCACAACACAGAUAUAAUGUGUCUGCAGGAGGUGCAAGAGGACCACUAUGAAAAACAGAUCAAACCCUCUCUAGAAGCAUUAGGUUACCAGUGUGAGUACAAGCGGAGGACAGGCAGGAAGCCUGACGGCUGUGCAGUGGUCUAUAAGAAGGACCGCUUCUCCCUGCUGUCCAGUCACCCAGUGGAGUACUUCCGCCGGGGCAUCCCCCUGCUAGACCGGGAUAACGUGGGCCAGGUGCUGUUACUGCACCCAACGGGAUCCUCCAGGCCUGAUGCCUGCGUUUGUGUGGCCAAUACACACCUCCUGUACAACCCCCGGCGCGGGGACAUUAAGCUGGCCCAGCUGGCCAUACUGCUGGCAGAGAUCAGUACAGUGUCCCGCCUCCCUGACGGCAGCUCCUGUCCCAUCGUCCUCUGUGGGGACUUUAACUCUGUGCCCUGGUCUCCCCUGUACAGCUUCGUUAGGGAGAGCAGGCUGGAGUACGACGGUAUUCCCAUAGGCAAGGUGUCAGGGCAGGAGGAGAAUCCCAGAGGCCAGCGGAUCCUGACCGUGCCCAUUUGGCCCCUUAGCCUGGGCGUUACCCAGCAGUGCCAGCAUGCGACGGCUCCUACAGAUGUUGACGGGGGAGUCGCCAACAUGUCUGUGCAGGACUUUGCAGCACAAGCUAUGGCAGCUAUGAACAGACCCAGUAUAGAGCACAGUCUGAGGCUGACGUCAGCUUACUCCCACUACCUGACAGAGGAUGGCAGGCCUGAGAUCACCACCUGUCACUCCAGGACAGCCAUCACUGUGGACUACAUCUUCUACUCCGCAGGAACCGGGGACAUUUCCACUCAGCCAGAGGGUCCAUUGCCAAGGCGAGGGCUGCAGCUGCUGGCCAGACUGGCCCUGGUGGGACAGACAGACCUGGAGGCCGUCAACGGGCUGCCCAAUGAGCACAACUCCUCCGAUCACCUGCCCAUACUGGCCCGCUUUCGCCUCUGCCCCUGAGACUGGAUGUUAGGGUUCAGGGUUUAGCGCCUCGGACAGACAGAACUGGGGUCCAAAGACCUGGAGAGACCCAGGAAUCCGUCCAAACCUCUCACCAGCAGCCAAACACCAAUUGUACACAAGCUCACCAUGGCUUCUGUCUCUCAUGAUCUCAUAUCCCUGUGAACUGUAGGAAGGGUACAAACACUGACACUGGAAGACGUUGAACUUUCAUUUCAAAGACAUUAUUGAUGAACUUGGAGCUUUGCAGUGGCCUAACUCUAGGCUACUGCAUCAAGAUGUUUACACAUUUUAACUUUUUGGUGUGACAUUUUUGCAUUGGUUGAAGAUAUGAAAAGAGACAUCUUUUAGAUUUUUAUAAAUGUUGAUAAAUUCAUUUCAAACAGUGCUGCUGAUAAAGAAAAAUACUGAGAUAUAAAAAAUGUAUUCAUUAUGUCAUACACGUACAGUACUAUUUGGUUUGAUAAUUAGCACAAAUUCAUGCUUAAAUCAAACCAAAGAAAUGCUAAAAUGUACGAAGAGAAGGAAGAAACGACCUCCUUAGAGCUGGCAGUUGGCGGGACACCCAUAGAAGAGUUUUAUAGACUAGGCUGUUAGGUGUGCUGUUAGACAACAGUCUCUUUGUCAUCACACAUUUCACAGCUCUGCAACAAAAUCAUCGACACCUCCUGUAUGCUCAGAAGGAUUGCGAAAUAUAUGCAAGUGCAAAUUCUAAAAUAAAUCUCAAAAGCUAUCAUCCAUAGUCAAAUUACAGUUUAAGUCAGAAGUUUACAUACACUUAGGUUGGAGUCAUUAAAACUUGUUUUUCAACCACUCCACAAAUUUCUUGUU